AUGGCCGGAAUUCCAGGACUACUCGCGGGGAAAGUCUCGAUUGUCACGGGCGCCUCCUCGGGUCUAGGGCGCGCAAUUGCACUGGCAUUUAGUAACCAUGGGGCAACCGUCGUCUGCGCAGACCGCGAUGCGUCGAGUAAGGGCCAUGACGAGCCGACAGACAAGCUCAUCCGCUCCGGAGGUGGUCAGAGUCUAUUUGUUCCUACUGAUGUCACAAAGGCAGCCAGUGUCAAGGAUCUGGUCGAAGCGGCGACGGACCAGUUCGGGCGCAUGGACGUCAUGGUCAACAAUGCAGGUGUUGCCCCGGAGGCAUCGGAACCGCGCCCAGUGAAUGAAACGAGCGAAGAGGUCUUUGACUCGACGUGGCAGGUUAAUGUGCGCGGCGUGUUUCUCGGCUGCAAGUAUGCCGGCGCGCAGAUGCUGAAGCAGCCAAAGCUUCCAGGCCAUCACAGUGCUGGUAGUAUCAUCAACCUCUCGUCGGUCCUGGGCGUUGUUGGGCUUUCGGGGACACCGGCGUAUGCAGCCUCGAAGGGAGCAGUGGUGGCUCUGACGCGCACUGUGGCCAUGGACUACGCUCCGCAUGGAAUUCAUUGUAACUCGAUCCUGCCGGGAUUUACGCGGACACCUAUGAUCGCUUCGAUGAGUGAGGAUGGCGAGAUGGAGAAGACACUGAUCGACUGCCACCCGCUACAGCGCAUCGGCGAGCCGGAGGAGAUUGCGAAUGCUGCUGUCUUCCUGGCGGGCCACUAUUCGAAAGGAAUAACCGGUGUGAACCUUUCGGUCGACGGGGGGUUGCAUGCUCAGUUGCGGCUGAAAUAG